CGCGGUUAUAAGGGAGGGAAAAGUUCCCUGCGCCGGGAGCCGGGCAGGCGCACGCUCGUACGGCGGCCGCAGCGGCAGGGCGGGGCCGCGGGGGAGCGGGUGGCAGCGGAGGACGCCCCCGGGGACGCGACUCGCUCCCCUCGGGGUCUCUGUCGGACCUCGGAAAGGUACCGGCAGGGGGCGGGGGGGCCGAGGGCUUUUGCACGGGGCCAUGGGCGACGUCGGGGAGCCCGGCCGGGGGCCCGCGCAGCCGGGGGCGCCGCUGCCCACCUUCCGCUGGGAGCAGAUCCGCCCGCACAACCUCCCGGGCGACAAGUGGCUGGUCAUCGAGCGUCGCGUCUACGACAUCAGCCGCUGGGCACAACGGCACCCGGGGGGCAGCCGCCUCAUUGGCCACCACGGCGCUGAGGACGCUACGGAUGCCUUCCACGCCUUCCACCAGGACCUCGAUUUCGUGCGCAAGUUCCUGCAGCCCCUGCUGAUUGGAGAGCUGGCCCCGGAGGAGCCCAGCCAGGAUGGACCCCAGAAUGCCCAGCUGGUUGAGGACUUCCGAGCCCUGCGCCAGGCAGCUGAGGACAUGAAGUUGUUUGAGGCCAAGCCCACCUUCUUCGCUCUCUUGCUGGGCCACAUCCUGGCCAUGGAGGUGCUCGCCUGGCUCACCAUCUACCUCCUCGGCCCGGGCUGGGUGCCCAGCACCCUCGCCGCCCUUGUCCUGGCCACCUCCCAGGCUCAGUGUUGGUGUCUGCAGCAUGACCUGGGCCAUACCUCCGUCUUCCGGAAGUCCCAGUGGAACCACCUGGCCCAGCAGUUUGUGAUGGGACAGCUGAAGGGCUUCUCUGCCCACUGGUGGAACUUCCGCCAUUUCCAGCACCACGCCAAGCCCAACAUCUUCCACAAAGACCCGGAUGUGACCGUAGCGCCCGUCUUCCUCCUGGGGGAGUCGUCGGUCGAGUACGGCAGGAAGAAGCACAGAUACUUGCCCUACAACCAUCAGCAUCUGUACUUUUUCCUGAUCGGCCCGCCGCUGCUCACCCUGGUGAACUUCGAAGUGGAGAAUCUGGCGUACAUGCUGGUGUGCAUGCGGUGGAUGGACUUGCUCUGGGCUGCCAGCUUCUAUUCCCGCUUCUUCCUGUGCUACAUCCCCUUCUACGGCGUUCCUGGGGCGCUGCUCCUCUUCGUCGCUGUCAGGGUCCUGGAGAGCCACUGGUUCGUGUGGAUCACGCAGAUGAACCACAUCCCCAAGGAGAUCGGCCAUGAGAAGCACCGGGACUGGGCCAGCUCUCAGCUGGCAGCCACCUGCAAUGUGGAGCCUUCGCUCUUCAUCGACUGGUUCAGCGGGCACCUCAACUUCCAGAUCGAGCACCACCUCUUCCCCACGAUGCCAAGGCACAACUACCGUAGGGUGGCCCCGCUGGUCAAGGCGCUGUGUGCCAAGCACGGCCUCAACUACGAGGUGAAGCCCUUUCUCACCGCCCUGGUGGACAUCGUUGGGUCCCUGAAGAAGUCUGGCGACAUCUGGCUGGAAGCCUACCUCCACCAGUGAAGGCGGCACCCAGGGCCCCAGCGACCACCAAGCCGGCCCAGGCAGGCUUGACCACUCUGCCCCACCGCCACCCCCACCCCCACCCCACCCCCACCUGGCCUAGGGGGCCCUGCCCACCCUUCUGGAUCUGCUGUCCUCACCUCACCACCCCCCUCACCUGUCUGCUUGGCAGCCCUAAGGCCAUGGCUCUUGGCCAAACAGGACCAGGGCUAGGGGGAUAGUACAUAAAGCCACACAGCAUGGCAUGUUUUCCUAGAGCAAAAAUUUAGGGAAAACGGUUAUUUUUAUAUAAAAACAAACACAGA